AUGGAUCAAUAUAAGAAAUAUAGUAAUGGACAAUUACUUAAAGAUAGAUAUUUAAAGGUUGCAGAUUUAAGUGAAGGAUCCUAUGGAUUGGUAUCUGUAGCCAAAGAUACUAAAUUAAACACUUUAGUGGCUGUUAAGUAUAUUUAUCCCUUGGAUUAUAAGAAAGACAGCUCAAGACCUUCUUCUUCACCAGCUAAAAUGCGUCAUGAUGAGAAGAAAGAAGAUAAAGGAAGACAAAAUACCCAUGACAUCUUGAAAUCUUUGUAUGAAGAAGCUGCUAAAGAGAUAUCUAUUCAUAAAAUCUUGGGAUCUCACCAAAAUGUAAGUGCUUUACACGAUCAUUUUGAUUCUUAUUUGAUUUUACAAUAUUGUAGUCGAGGUGAUCUUUAUGAAGCUAUUCAAAAUGGUCAAGGUCCUACAACUCCUAAAGAUAUCAAAGAUGUAUUUUAUCAAAUUUUAGAUGCAAUAGAAUAUUGUCAUUCUAAAGGUGUCUAUCAUCGAGAUUUGAAACCGGAAAACAUUUUAAUUGGUGAUGAUUGGACAAUUAAAUUAUGUGAUUGGGGUUUAGCUACUACCAAUUUGAUAAUCACUGAUAGAAGUGAAUUUGAUGUUGGUUCAGAAAGAUAUAUGGCACCAGAAUUAUUUGAUACUAAUUUGAAACAAUAUGAUGCUUCUAGAAUUGAUAUUUGGUCAAUUGGUAUCAUUUUAUUGACAAUAAUUUUCCAUAAGAAUCCUUUUGAAGUAGCUAAUUAUUCUGAUAAACGGUUUGUUCAAUUUGCAACCAAUAGGGAAUCUUUAUUUGAUAUUUUUUCAACCAUGACAGGAGAUUUAUUCUCAGUUUUAAGAUAUUGUCUUAAUAUUGAUCCCAAUAAUAGAGAGUUAUCUUUUGUUAGAAAUGAAUUAGACAUUUUGAAUUAUUUCACUAUUGAUGAUGAAGACUGGGUUAGCGAUGAGUAUUCUGAUACUGACGAUGAGGUUUAUGAUCAUCAUGAUGAACUUCAUACUCCGAUAGUUGAAAUUGAAGAUGUUGAUAAUGAUGCUGAUAAUGAAAAUAGCGAAAGUCCCGAUAAUGAAAAUACUGAUGAACUCGAUGAUGAAGAAGGAGAUUCGACAUUCUAUAUGGAUGAAGAUGCUGAUAGGUCUAAUUCUACUUUGAAUAAAGACAAAAUCUUAGAGCCUCCUAAAGAAUUGACAUCACCGAUUUUCAAUGAAAGGGCUGAAGCUUUAUUAUCGAACUCCACCACUUUGAAACCUAUUCCUAUUAGCAAUGGAACUAAUAACUAUAGAUCUAAAUUUUUCAGAAAUAGUAGGAAACCCAUCAGUGUGGCAUCUUAUAAUAGUUAUCAAAAACCUACUCAAAAUCAUUCUUAUCAAUCUCAUAAGAAUAACAAAUUCAAUAGAGAGGAUUUUUUCACUCCGAAAUCAGUAUUUAAUCAUUAUAUGACAAAAUAUAGUGAUAAGAAUGAAAGACCAAGAAAGAAUAAUAAUAAAACAAAUGAUUGGAAAAAAAAUAAUAACCAGCCAAAAACAUGGAAAAAAAAUUAUAGAAACACCCGUCAUAAGAAGAAGAACGGAAAUCAAACUGAUAGAAUUUAUCACAAGAAGAAUGAAUUUUCCAAUUUCAAUACACCUAUACAACCAAGAAGGAAACUGAAUUCAUUCUCGAUGUCGAAAUCUAAGAAUAGGAAUCAAUUAGGUACAUCAUAUCAAUCUAAUAAUUCCGUUUCAAAUUCUUUGGGUCAUAGUGUUUCUAGCAAUGGGAAAUAUGUCCCCCCAUUUAUGAGAUCACCUCAUUAUACGAAAUCGCCAAAUGUAACACCUUUACAUGAAGCAAUGGAUAAUUUACACUUAAAUGAUUACGAAGUAUUCCAAUUGGAAGACGAUGAUUUUUCUUUGGAUAAUCCUUUACCAAUUGAGAAUAAUCUUCAAAAUCAUAAUCAUCAUGAUAAUAAUGACACACAUAAAGCUUUUGAUAAGCCUAAGCAUAUGCAUGAAAUGACAAGACCUAUGUCAUUAAAUAAUGAAAUUUCAGCAUCCGAUACUAAUGGGAAAUACGUUCCACCUUUCAGAAGAGGGUCUCAUGGUGGACAUUCUCAACCCAUUAAUCUGCUUAACAUUAAUCAUAAUAAUCCUGUUCCCAACAAUAAAAGAAGAUCUAAACACUACAUGGACACUUUUAAUCAAUUGAAUGGAGCUUCAUCAGUUCCAAAUUCUUCAACUGAUUGGUUCUCUUAUAGGAAAGAUUGGACAGUUUACGAUUAA